GGGGUUGGGGUAGGGUGGGGACAGAGUCCUUGUGGUCAGUGACAAUUGCAGACUUCAGUCCAGCCUUCCCUCUCCUGAGCCGGGUGAACAGCCACCUCGACACUCAAGUGGGAGACAGAAACAGGCUCCCACGAUGCAGCUCUUCCCCCUCCUGUGCUUACUGCUCCUCAGCCUUGGGGUGGCCACCCUGCGCCGCCAUCACACCCGAGAGAUGAAGAAGAAAAGCAAGGAGCCCUCGGGAGGUGCCAUGGUGGCCCCCAGCAGCAGGGGCUUUGUCUUUGACCUCUAUAGGGCCUUGGCUUCUUCAGCCCCUAACCAGAAUGUCUUCUUUUCCCCCAUGAGUGUGUCCAUGAGCCUGGCCAUGCUCUCCCUGGGGACUGGCUCCCACACCAAGACACAGAUCCUGGAGGGCCUGGGCCUCAACCUCCAGAAUGUCCCAGAGAACAAGUUCCACGAGGCCUUCCAGCAGCUGCUGCAGGAGCUCAGCCAGCCCAGAGAUGGCUUCCAGCUGAGUCUGGGCAGCGCCCUUUUCACGGACCCUGUGGUGAAUGUUCGGGACAGCUUCCUGAGUGCCGUGAAGACGCUGUACCUGGCAGACACUUUCUCUGUCAACUUUGGGGACCCUGUAAGGGCUCAGAAGCAGAUCAAUGACUAUGUGGCAAAGCAGACCAGGGGCAAGAUUAUAGACUUGAUCCAGAACCUUGACAGCACCCACAUCAUGGUGAUGGUCAAUUACAUCUUCUUCAAAGCUAAAUGGGAGACGGCUUUCAGUCACGAAAACACCCGCCAGCAAGAUUUCCAUGUGACGCCUGAGACGGCGGUACAGGUGUCCAUGAUGAGCUGUGAAGAUGAGUAUUACUACUUCCUGGACCAAAACCUCUCCUGCAAGGUGGUGGGGGUCCCCUACCAAGGCAAUGCCACCGCUCUGUUCAUUCUCCCCAGCGAAGGCAAGAUGCAGCAGGUGGAGAACGGCCUGAAUGGGAAAACGCUGAGGAAGUGGCUUGAGAGGCUCACUAAGAGGCAGCUCGAGCUUUACCUCCCCAAGUUCUCCAUUGAAGGCUCCUAUCAGUUGGAGAAAAUACUCCCCAAGCUGGGCAUCAGUGACAUCUUCACCUCCCACGCUGACCUGUCUGGAAUUACUGACCACACAAACAUUCAGGUGUCUGAGAUGAUCCACAAAGCUAUGGUGGAGGUGGAUGAGGCUGGAACCAGAGCGGCUGCAGCUACAGGAACAAUCUUCAUGUUCAGAUCAGCACGACUGAGCCCUUUGAGGAUAGUGUUCAACAGGCCCUUUCUGAUGGCCAUUACAGAGACCACAAAUCUUUUGUUCUUUGGCAAAGUGGCCCACCCCUGAAGUGGAACUCCUCCUGAAGCCCACAAGCCUACACAGAGGGAGCCAGGGGUGCAUUCUGGCUCAUCCAUCUGUUGGUAGCUAGUUAUUUGCAUAGGUUAGGUUACCUAGAGAGGUGUCAUAAUUUGUAAGAUCAAUAUCCUGAUGGUUGCUUCCUCUCCCACAGUUGCAAGAAAUGGAUGCUUUAGGCAAUCUUAACAAAUAUGUACUUUUGCCCUGACAUUUCAUCAGUGACUGGCACUGAGGUCCAGAGAGGUCAGUUGACUUGUCCAAACUCCCAUAGCCAUGUUAGUGGUCCAGAUUCUAAGACAUUGGUGCUGGGUCCAGUGCUACAAAGCUCUGUAGAGUCUAGUCCUGGUAGAGGAGGGCUGUCAGGAAGCAUAUUUAAAAGCUUGGUCCUCCACCUAUCUGAAGCAACUGUCAGUUUGACAUGGUUUGGAAAGGGGUUCUGGAAUGGGGCUAUGUGACAUGGGAGUAACACUGUCCCUCUCUGGGCCUUUGUUUCUUCGUGUGUACAGUGAGGGAUAGAGGAAAGGAACCCCUCCAAAGAUCUGUGACAUCAUUGCAAAGGCUGGGCUGCUUCAGGCCAGUCAUGGUUGAUUUAAGAACUCAGUUGAGUAACAUGCUUGGGCAUCAGGGUAGAAGUGUGCAGCCAUAAAUAAAGUUACCAUCUUGCAGGCCUGACUGGGGGUGGGACAAUGGAAGUCUGUUCCAAACAGUGGAGCAUCAGUUGUAGACAGAAUCUCUGAGUUGUACGUUGGCAAUAACAAUAAAGCAUUUUGCAAAGA